GCGCUCCCUCUCCAAAAGCUCGCACAAACAGCAAGGUCUUUAUCGCUCCCUUGAAUUUUUCAGUGUCCACAGUGUCCCGAAUGUGACAUGGAAGAGUAUUCCAUAGACGCGGUCCAUAACACUUGAAACUACGAUCCCCAAAAGAAGUCUUGGUUCUAGGAACCACCAGCUCCGAGAAAGCACCUGAUCGGGUUGUGCGGGGAGCAGGUUUCCCAGAAACAAGGUCUCUCAGAUACUGGGGAGCUGCACCCUGCACGCACUUGUGCACCUGAAGCAACACCUUAAAGUCAAUCCUUUCUGCCACAGGCAGCCAGUGAAGCUUGAUCAGAGUGGGUGUUAUGUGAUCAAACUUCCUGACUCUGCAAACGAUGCGAGCAGCAGUAUUUUGAACACGCUGUAAUGGAGCAAGUGUCUUCUUCGGUAAACCAGCAAGUAAUCCAUUGUUGCAGUCAAGCCGAGAGGACACGAAGGCAUGAACCAGACGUUCCCGGCUAUCCUGGUCAAGGUAUCUACUAACACGGCCAAUACUAUACAAACUGGCAUAUGCAGCGUUGCAUAUCUUCUUUACAUGUGCUUGCAUUGUCAUGCCCUGGUCCAGAAGAACGCCUAGAUCCCGGACACAGUCAGACUUUGGUACCGAUACUCCAUCAACUGAUAUUCCGGCAAUAGAUCCAGUUCUGCGCGAUGAAACAAUGUUAAUCACAUCCAUUUUGGGGGCAUUGAGCGCUAGUUUGUUUUCAAAUAACCAGUCCUUCACAUCCUUAACACAUGAUUCCACGCGUGUCACCAUCCGCUUGCUCUGCAAACUAUCGCCACAGGGGGCUGACGCUUCAAGCUGAUUGUCGUCAGCAUACAGUUGGUAUGGAACAUUAUGUUCUUGCAUGACAGCACUGAGUGGUAGAGUGUAUAUGGUGAACAGAACAGGACCAAGAACAGAGUCCUGGGGAACACCAUACUCGAGGACAACAGAGUCCGAGCACAUGUUGCCGAUUGCAACUGAAAGCUCUCUGCCUGCGAGAUAAGGCAAAAACCACUGGAAUGCCCUGUCCGCAAGGCCAAUGCGAUGUUGAAGUCGACUCAAAAGUAUAUAAUGGUCCACCGUAUCGAAGGCUGCGGAUAGGUCCAACAGCACUAGAAGAAACUCCUUUCCCACAUCAAGUGAGCCCAGGAUAUCACUUGUAAUGCGCAACAGUACAGUUUCUGUGCUGUGUCCUUGGCGAUAGGCGGACUGGUUUGGGUCGUAUAGAUUGUUCAACAACAUGUGAUCUCUUAAGCGCAUUGCUACUAUUCGCUCGAUAAGUUUGGAAAGAUAAGUCAAAUUAGACACCGGGCGGUAAUUCCCCAGUACUUCCUUGUCAAGUAUUGCUUUCUUAAGUAGCGGUUUGACCAGAGCGAACUUAAGAGGGACGGGCAUGUGGCCAGUCUCAAGCGACAGGUUGAUGAUCUUCACUAGUACAGGCAAGAGUGGUUCGACGCAUUUCUUCAGGAGCCACGUGGGGAUAGGAUCGAGACUACAUCCUUUAGCUGGCAAGGAGAGGAUGAGCUUCCUAACCUCACUCUCUGACGUUGGUGCAAAGUCCUGUAGCAGGGAUGUGGUACUAGAGCCAUCGGAUGUUGCGAGCGGUUCAAAACCAGAGUCAUCAAAUUUCUCACGGAUGUUGCUGAUCUUCUGGCUAAAGAAAGAGCAGAAAUCCUCUGCAAUGGCCUUCGUGUCGGUAUUAUCUGGCAGAGGAGACACUGACUUCUUUCCAACAAGCUCAUUGACGACCUUGAACAGGUCUUUGCCAUUGCAAGCCUUGAUUCUCGAGCUAUGGAAAGAAAGUUUAGCCUUAUCAAUCAUCGUACUGAUGGCAUUGCACUGAGCUCUGAGCAUUUGUCUGUUUAUUUGAGUUCGUUCAUUUCGCCACUUAUUCUCGAGUUUGCGGCGAAUUAUUCUUGCAACAAACAUCUAAGGAAAAGCAGGUCAUGUCCUUAGUUCGCUCUCUGGUGAAAACAUGCCUCUUUCAUAACAUUGUGGUCAAAGCUAAGCAUAUUCCCGGCAAAAGGAAUGUUCUAGCUGACAUGCUCUCUCGUUUACAGAUACCUGCAUUUCUGAGGCGGGCACCUUGGGCGGAUGCGACGCCCACUCUUAUCCCUCCAAACCUGUACCCGGAUGGAUGGAAUCUGCGCUCAUAGAAUUGCGUGGCAAUAUGGUUUCAUCAGCUACUAUGUCUGCUUAUCGCAGAUCUUGGGAUAAUUUUUCUCAAUUCUACAAUGACUACAUAGGCGGUAACUUAAGCCUACCCAUAUCCAUACCAUGUUUGACUCUCUUCAUCGCAUUUUUGCAUGGGCGGGGGUUUUCUCCCCCCUCCAUAGCGUCAUGCAUGUCAGCUAUAGCAUAUUUGCACAAACUUCGUAAUCUACCUGAUCCGACAAAGUCAUUUGUCGUAAGUAAAUUAAUCUGGGCCGCUAAGAAUUUACGCGCGCAACCAGACAUCCGCCUGCCUGUUACCAAAGAAAUUCUUCACAAACUGCUGGUUGCGACACCUCGGGUGACUUCAUCACACUACAAGUCAGUUAUGUUUCAGACCGCAUUGGUUCUUGGCUUCAACGCCUUCCUGAGGAUUGGGGAGAUGCUUCCUUCGUCUAAAUCCCGUGCAGCCAACUGCCUUCACCUGCACGACCUCAUAAUCCAAUCAGAUGGGCUAAUACUCUCCUUCCGGAGAUUUAAGUCUAGCAACACUCAGGGUUCUCAAACCCUGAGGUUAUCGGCCAAGACAAGCUGCUGCCCAAGGAGGAUACCGCGACGUUACUGCGGUAUCCUCCUCGGCUGCUGCCCUUUAGUGCAUACGAGGGAAUUUCUGGCUGUCCGGGGUACAGCACCCGGGUUGCUUUUCUGUUACCCCUGUGGCUCCCCUUUCCUACGCAGAGAAUUCGAUAACACGCUUAAGCGUGCUCUCUCCUUUUGUGGUCUCGACUCGUCCCGCUUUAAAGGGCACAGUCUGCGCAUCGGGGCAGCAACACAGUCUGCUAUCGAGGGUAAAUCUGAUGCUUACAUACGGGCAGCAGGCAGGUGGGCGUCUGACGCAUUCCGCAAAUACAUUAGAAUCUCAUAAUUACAUGUAGUUUCAUGAUAUUAUGAUGUAUACGGGGUCAGACUGAGGCUGCCCGACUUUGAUUAUCUCACUGUAACGGUAUUUCCCCAGUCAGACUUAGGCUGCUGGGUUUACGUUAACUGGCUCUAUAUUAUACGUGUUGGAGAGAGCAUUCUCUGCCGGUUGUGGGGUGGCCUCAAUGACUUUCGGCUUGUGGCGGUACCCUCUCAACCGUUUCUGCAAAUUGUCUAUUUUAAUAUGCUUUUGGUCACAUGACCCACAAGUCCAAUCUCUAUUGUCAACCAUGGUCAUGUGACGCAUUUAGUUUCAUACCCUUGCUAGGGUAUCUUAUUUCAUGUUUUGCAGACAAUGCUCUCUCUUGUAAUUUGUAAAAUAAAUAUAUUCCUCAUAUCUUGGCCUAAUCGGCCCAUAAUCAAUCUAUAUAACGUGUUGUGUUAGUCAUUCUGAG